AUAGCUUUCCUUAAUCCUUAAUCCCUGGUGGGUCGCAAACUCGCAACAAUUGACAGACAACAAGCAUCAAAUGGAAUCUACGGAACUACAAGACAUAGAUUUCUUUAGCUCCUUUUACGAUCACACAAACUCAACUUUCUUCACUCCAACCACAAACUCGCUCUUAUCCGACUCCGUAUCAGAAGACCCGGUUCCACCAAAGCCACCAAACGAUGAAGAAGACGAGUACGUUGCAGAGUUGACUCGCCAGAUGACUAACUACAUGCUUCAAGACGAUGAAAAGCAUCAAAAGUCUUGUAGUGGUGGCUCUGGCUCACCGCAAUCGACUCUUUGGUCACCGUUCGCAUCCGGUAAUAGCAGCCCGAUCGGUCCUUCACGUGAACCAACGCCGCCGUUAACUCCGGUGACCGUUGAGACUAAGCCUGUUAUGAUUCCUUCCCAAUCAAAACAAGCUUUGAUCGAUGACCAGAUCCGAUCUAUUCAAGCUAACUUCCAUAAGAUCAAAAAGGAGAAAGAUAAGCAAAGAAACGAUGACGUAGUAGGACACAAAGCAAGGAACUGCCAAUACCAACAGAGACCAAGGUCGGGCGUGAAGGCGGUGUUCGUUGACGGGUCCGGUUCGAGAACCGGGUCGGGUGGAACUGGAGUGUUCUUACCACGUUGUCAUGGUACUGUUGUGGAGUCACGCAAGAAAUCAGGAUGUUCAACAGUAAUUAUACCAGCAAGAGUAGUUGAAGCCUUGAAAGUUCACUUUGACAAAUUGGGUGUUCCUUCUACAUUCUCAUCUGAUAUCCCUCCUUUUCAUGAUGCUUUGUUGGUGUCCAUGAAGAACAAAAACAGCAGAAGUACCAAAGGCAGUUCAUUAACUCAGGCACAAAGUGGACCACCAUACACGGCAGAAACGUCGGCCCAGAGUCACCAAGAACCACCGGCGGAUUUGCCACAUGAAUGGACGUACUGAUCAAACAUCGGCACACAUGCUCGUGAUCGCUGAAAUUGUAGGUUUUCGAAAGGUAGUAUCUUUUCGGAUUGAAUAUUUUAUAGUGGGGUCAAAAAAUAAAUAAAUAAAAAGCGUUAUAAUCAUUAUUUUAGCUGGAAAUAUAUAAAUUUUAAAAGGGGUGAAUUUGUUAUUUUAUUAUAUUGGUAGUUCCAUAUGCAAGCUGGUUAAGUAAAAUCAAUAAUUCUUAUGAUAAAAGAACAAUAAAAUAUGCAUAUAUAUGCAUGUAUUUUGUAAUAAAGGGAUGGGUUGUUUUUAUGUAGAAUUCCUUGUAAUAAAAUCAUCGCCAAUGUAAAAAAUAAAAUAAAAGACUUUAUUUGA